AUGGCGGUGACAAAAUGGAUGACUCUGAUCCGACAAUGUCUUUUGAACCGGCGUUCUGUGAAGGAAUUCGCUCAAAUACUGCAAAGACACCAAGGCGAUAUCAAUGGAACCCAGGUGGUCACUGCCUUGGUCAAUUGUCGAGAGUCCUUUUGUGCCAAAGGCGAUCCCUUGAUAUCCCUCUACCUCGAACAUGUUGGUACUACCGGUCUUGCCAAGAUAUCCGAGUCCCUUGUGGCUCUCAUUCAUCAGUGGAACCAAUCGAAGAAUCCCAAGACUACUGAUAUGUUGGACUGUUGCACACAAACUUUGCAGGACAUGACCAUGAUUAUUGUGUCUCCCAAAUUCAAAAUGGAUAUGUCUGAAGCACAGAUAUGCUUGAAUCUCUCAUCUAAGUGGCUGAUAGCAUUGUCACAGCACUUGUCAAGCUCCGUGGAGGAGACCCCAACCCAAGAACUCAACUACGUCCUGGAAGCUCUUGCGUUUCUACUGGCUUCACUAGCCGCGACUGAAGCUGGUCUGGCGGCUCUGUCACAACAUGAACUGCCCAAAGAUGCCACUUCUAACGUACAGAGUUCUGUUCAACGAGCCAUAGGACAAUGUUUGACCCUUUAUCCGAACAUGUCACCUCAACUUGUUGAGCGACUGAAUGCAGUUGUGAAGCAUAUUAACAUGAUUGGUGACGGUUCCAUCCAACCGGACGAGUCGAUGCAGGCAUCUGAAAUGCAAGCCCUGCAGUUUCAGGUCUCUAUUCCCCAAAGUCAGAUUGUGGCCUCACGAGCGGCUACGAUAUGCUACCUUGACACUCUGCUUUCUACAGGUGCGACCAUCGACGACAGUGUUAUGCUUAACUUUCUAUCUUCAAGACACCAGAGCGAACACCAAUCUAUGUUUAUUGAUUUGUUUAUAGCGGCAUUUGAUUCAUUACGAGUCCAUGUAUCCUCCAAAGACUCUAGCAUGCGCGUGGAACAGUGCCAGAUUUUCAUUCAGAGUAAGCUGCCAGUACUACUCUCAAUGAUAUCGGCUUCCUCAUUCAACAGCUUUAAUACCGAUGAAGCUAUUACCGAUGCUUGGCACCAGGUAUCUCCAUUUUUGAUCAGCCAGGAUGUCCUGACAAUAGGUUACAAAUGCCUGCACACCUGUUCGCUCCAUCAUUUAUUGUCACCGCAGAUUAUACACCAGCUUAUUGGCAGUGAAGACGUUACGGCGAGCUUCAGCAAAGGUUUGUAUUCAAAGGAUGAUCUUGUGACGCAAGUUAUUUCAAACCAUUCCAGAGGUCCUAAGUUGAUCGAGGAACUUGUUCGGAGUGAUGGAAGCGCUGGGUCGCUCAGCCAAGCAAUCGUCGAGGUCAUACAACACUAUUGCCAGUCCAAGGAGACACAGUAUUUGAAAGACCUUGCAAAUGCAAUUCUGCGGAAACCAUCCGCCAUAAACUGUAUUUCCUUGUUCAUCCGUCCAGCUUACUGGCUUGGCCCACUCUGUACUCUGAUUGAUGACUGGCGAUGGGACGAAAUCCAUGGUGAGGCUCAGCCAAUCUACGAUGAAUUUGGAGCCGUGUUCCUGUUGAUACUAGUCAGCAGAGCGCGACUAGGACUGCGCAAAUCGGACAUCGGCAUUCGGAGAAAGGAUGGGUUUCUAGCCGACUAUCUUGAGCGAGAAAACAGUGAAUAUACUCUGUCUGAGUUGUCGAAGGACAGAGAAUCGAAAUUGAGCGAAUGGGUCAACGCUCUUUAUCUCGCUGAUGGUUUAAGUGACGAACUGUUCGCCAAUUGCAGUCCACAUGACUAUUACCUACUGAUACCCACGUUACUGAGGCAGUCGGUCACAGCACACCAAUAUGGAAAACUGUCUUCUGAAUCGCUGAACGCUGGCCUUGAUUACCUCCUAGAGUCAUUUCUACUACCGUCACUGAUCUCGGCAUUAAAUUGGGUUGGCCGAUAUUUGAACAAUAAUCUAGCUCUCGCAGGCGUUGUUCUGAAAGUGCUGACUAAGUCACCCAGCAGCGCAGAUUCGCAGGACAUACAUCGCACGAUACUGGCCACGGCUGCGCCCACCUUGCGAAGACGACUGGAAGCUGCCCAAUCGCAAGACCCAAACAUUCAGUCAGCAAUCUCGAUUUUCAGUGCAUAUCAGGAAUUCUCAUUUGUGCCGGAAAGAGAGUCUUUGGACGGUACGAUUGAUAUUCUCGGUUCACUCCAGAGCAGUAUCACAUGUCUCCUCACACCCGUGACCUCGCUGGACCUUGAAAAUCAAUCGUUAUCGCGAUACUCUCCAUCACUGAUGCGAUUGGCCCUCAGAUGUCACGGUGCAGAUGCGACAUUACGGUCACUCAUCGAAGUCCUGCUCCAACUCAGUAAUAGCCACAACUUCCUAUUCGCACUGGAUUUGAUCUCUACAAUCAUUUGCAUUGCCGAACCAAAGCUUCGCGAUGUAUUACGCAUUCGGUACAACAUGUUGAGCACGGUUCUACGCAAAGGCGAUGCACUUUCGGCAGAAGCAGUUGUUCGGCUUUACCGACAAGUGGAGACUUACACCACCAUCUUGACUGCCCAGGACAUGAAUCUAGACCAGUUUGCGUUCGCGCAUCAGCUGAGCAACAUCGAUACGGCGAACGCGAACCUCGAUGCUGUCGUAUCAGGGCAGGGCGAUGGCUUGGACUUGCAAGCUGAGCAGGGCCACGAGGCAGACGGAAUCGACCAGGUUUUGGGGGAAGCUGCCGCCCUGGGAAAUCUCGACGAUGGUAUGGGAGGCAAUGAUGUUGACUUGAGUUUUGAUGCGCUCUACGGGCCACAGAGUACAGAUAUGAACUUGGAGGAUCUCAAUGACCUGGACCUCGAUAUGUUCUAG